AUGGUGGAGUUUGCUCCCUGGUCCGUGCCAUGGGAGCGCAGGCUGCAGACGCUCUCGGUCCUACAGUGGGUCUUCAGCUUCUUGGCCUUGGCUCAGACCUGCAUUAUAGUCUUCAUAGGCCUCCUGUUCACCAGAUUCUGGUUCCUCAGUGUCCUGUAUGCAACUUGGUGGUACCUGGACCGAGACAAGCCAUGGCAGGGCGGCAGGCGCGUCCAGUUCCUAAGACGCUCCGUCGUAUGGAAGUACAUGAAGGACUAUUUCCCCGUCUCGCUGGUCAAGACUGCCGAGCUGGACCCCUCCCGGAACUACCUUGCGGGCAUCCACCCCCACGGGGUCCUGGCCGCCGGAAUCUUUGUCAACCUGUGCACUGAGGCCACUGGCUUCUCGGAGCUCUUCCCCGGCAUCCGCCCCCACCUGAUGAUGCUGAACCUGUGGUUCCGGGUCCCCUUCUUCAGGGAUUACCUCAUGACUGGGGGGCUGGUGACAUCAGACAAGGAGUGCGCUGCUCACGUUCUGAACAGGAAGGGCGGGGGCAACCUGCUGGGCAUCAUUGUUGGGGGCGCCCAGGAGGCCCUGAACGCCAGGCCCGGGGCCUACAAGCUGCUGCUGCGGAACCGCAAGGGCUUCGUCAAGCUUGCCCUGAUGCACGGGGUCCCUCUGGUGCCAGUCUUCUCCUUUGGGGAGAACGAACUCUUUGACCAAGUUGAGAACUCUCCUGGCUCCUGGUUGCGUUGGAUCCAGAACCAGCUGCAGAAGGUCAUGGGUAUUUCCCUCCCACUCUUCCACGGCCGUGGCAUCUUCCAGUACAGCUUUGGCCUUUUACCCUACCGCCGGCCCAUCGCCACCGUGGUGGGGAAGCCCAUCGAGGUGCAGCGGAUCCCACAGCCCUCGCAGGAGGAGGUGGACAAGCUGCACCAGCACUACAUCGAUGAGCUGUGCAGCCUCUUCGAAGCCCACAAGCUCAAGUACAACGUCCCCGAGGACCAGCACUUGGAGUUCUGCUGAGCGCCUCCCCAGAGGAAGGGGCUGC